AUGGAGCUGUUCAGUUACAACGCCUCGGCUCCGAUGGCCUCGUACGCGCAUGUCCUCCAGCAGCUCCCCAAGCUCUCCACGCUGGAGGCUCUAUGGGAAGCCCAUUACGCCUACUGGGACAAUGACAUCCUAGCCACCGGCCUCAUCACCUUCGUCGCCCACGAGCUCAUCUACUUCGGCCGCUGUCUGCCCUGGAUCAUCGCCGACGCUCUCCCCAGCAUCUUUCGCCGCUACAAAAUCCAGGACCAGAAAGCCCCCCCAUCAGCCGCAGACCAGUGGACCUGCGUCAAGUACAUCCUGGCCAUCCACUUCAUCGUCGAGCUCCCCCUGAUCGUCCUCUUCCACCCGAUGAUGGACCUCUGCGGCCUGCAAUACAGCCUCCCCUUCCCCGCCGCAAAGACCCUCGCCGCCCAGCUCCUCAUGUUCUUCCUCGUCGAAGACACAUACCACUACUGGCUGCACCGCGCCUUCCACUGGGGCCCGCUGUAUCGCCGCAUCCAUCGCGUGCACCACCAGUACGCGGCGCCGUUCGGCUUGACGGCCGAAUAUGCGAGUCCCUGGGAGACGCUGCUGCUGGGGUUUGGGACGAUUGGGCCUCCACUUGUUCUGGGGUAUUUCGCUGGCAAUGUGCAUCUGGUGACGGUGUUGGUGUGGAUGACGCUGCGUCAGGUGCAGGCGAUCGAUGCGCACUCCGGGUAUGACUUUCCGUGGAGUCUGCGCCGGAUUUUUCCCAUCUGGGGAGGCGCCGACUGGCAUGAUGAUCAUCAUCGGUAUUUUGUUGGGAAUUAUUCCAGCUCUUUCAAGCAUUGGGAUGUGUUGAUGGGCACGGUGGCCGGACCAAAAGGGAGGGCGAAGAAAGUACGAUAA